UGGGGCGGGCCCGGCCUGAAGGAACUGAGCUUGCGCGACUCCAGGGUCUGUGACGCUAAAGUGACCCGCGCGCGCCCAGGGUUUUUCGCCGAUGCUGCGAGGGGCCGGCGACCUCUGAGUUAAGUGGGCGGCCGACUUGUUGUGUCCAAAGAUGCUUCGCUGCUCGGCUUCUCGGGGCCCAGGUCUCAAGCAGGCUGUUGACAGGCGGAAGGCCAUGCCCCGCCGUCCGCGUAGCUCCUCUCCCUUGCUGGGCGUUUUUUCUCGCGCGAGACCCCCGCCUCGCCGCAGCCGACGUCGCUCCGGCGAGCGCUCUGUGGACGGCCCCCGGGAUGGGCCGUGAGCCUCGGGUUGCUGUCAGGGGGGCGUGCAGGGUGGCGGCAGGGGCCUGUGAGCGUGGUCCGACCGGGAGAAGGAUCUUGCAGCUCAGGGAGGUGGCGCGCUGUGGGGGUGGCCGGUCUGGACGCACCUCCGGGGACGGUUCCGCCCAGUGGGCGGGCCUCCAGGCCUCCGGACCGCGCCUUUGGCCUUUCUCCUUAAGGCCCUUCUUCCGGCUUUCCCGCUUCAGGACCCUGAGCUCUCAGGACCCUUUCCUCACCCUCCGCCUCGCCUCCCGUGUGUUGGCCGAGCAUCUUCUCUGUCUCCAGGUGGAGACGAGGUAUCCCUCGGUGUGACUCCCUGCCCACUGCUGAUGACCCGUGGUCACCGGAGGCCUCAGCACCCAGGUCCCCCAGCCCUCCUCGCCCCUCAGGAGGCACCAGAUUUCCUGGGGGCUUCACAUGGCACUCUUGGGCAUGGGCCACGCUGUGAUACUGUCAUAGAAUACGAAUUAGCUAUUCGGCCUUUGUCCUGGCUCCUGGGACAGCGCUUCGAAAACUCUGGAGACUUUCCGAGUGAUGAGAUUGAGAGGAGCAGAGUUCCUGUCUUGCUCACCCUGGACCUCAGGUGGCCCUCUGCCUGCCACCCUCGUCACCCUGGAGGCAUCACUCUGGACUGGACGCUGUGUGACCUGACGCCCACCUUCCACACUCACGGAGCUCAGAGCCUGGGACGGGAGCAGCUGGACACGGCCGAGGGGUCCCACGCAGCAGCAGGUGGAGAGCCGGCUCGGCGAGCUCCUGAAAUGCCGGCAACCCGCGCCCCCGACCCCGCAGCCCCCACGGACGCAGCCUCCAGGACCCUGGCCCCUGUCAAGUGCCCCUCUCAACCGAGGAGGAACCCCGAGCGGCGGUGGGCGCCUGAGCCCAGGAUGACGAGCAGGCCGGCGGGACCGCGAGUGCCUGGCGGAGGGGCACGUGCAGCCCAGGACUCCCGGCUCCCUCCUCCUGCUGUAGUCCAGGGCCGAGGCUCGUGUUCAAUCGGGUGAAUGGCCGGCGGCCCCCUGCCACAUCCCCAUCCCUCGAGGGAUCCCAAGAGACC